UGUGUGUAUGGGGAGGGGGUGAGGCGCCAAUAUGGCGGCGCUCGGCCGCGGGGCGGGGCGGGGCGCGGCGCCCUGAGGGAGCGGCGCCCGCCAUGGCGGCCGUUAGGCUGGCGCCGGCCGAUGGGGGCUGCCCCGUGCCGCUGCCGCCCGGGGAGACGCUGCUGGGACGCGGCCCCUUGCUGGGAAUUACAGAUAAGCGAGUAUCCCGAAAACAUGCCAUAUUGGAAGUGGUGGAUGGCCAGGUUCGCAUCAAACCGAUUCAUGUAAAUCCAUGCUUUUAUCAGUCUGCUGAGAAUGGUCGUCUUCUGCCGUUGGAAGCACAUGAAUGGCACUCAUUGAAAUUUGGUGAUAGCUUUUCCCUACUGGUUGACAAAUACAUUUUCAAGGUUAUUUCUGCUCAUCCUGUGGAGAGCACAGUAAGAAACAAUCCAGAGGUUGGUGCAGAAGCAGCAGCAAGUGUUCAUCCUGUUGAGAUGUCUUGUAGUCCGUCAUUAGUACAGCCAUCGUGUUCCACCUCUGAGAUGCAGGGAAUUGCAAAAAUAAGACAAAAUGACUCUAAUUCUACACUUCUGGUUCCUCCUUAUGAUGAUGAAAAUGAACAGUCAAAAUCUAUUCAGAGGAAGAGGGUGCUUCCAUCUUGGAUGCUGGAUAGUGACCUCCUGGUUCAGAGGGUUUCUAAGCCUGCAAUGAAAGGAGGUACUAGAAAGAUAAAACACCAAGAAAGGAGAGAAAGCAAUAUGGAAUCACUAAAAUCAGAUGUAAACAUGCUGCAGAGAAAAAGAUUAGCUUCUGAAAUUACAGAUAAUUUGAUAGAUGAAGAAGAUGACGAAGAGGAAAGGAGCUGUUUGUCCUCUCCUUCAUCUGAGAAUGCAUCUGGAUUUCCUCUUGAGAGUACCAUGGGAAACAUGGAAGGAAAUGGCAAGACUGAAACAAAAAAAACUGGAAGUACUAUGGAGAAAAAUGAUAGGCAGCUGCAUAGUAAACGGUCUAAAACAACAGGUCAGAUCUCCAAUAAAAGAAAUAGAAUUGAGGAAUCAGAAAACAAAGAACAGAUCACUGGUUCUACAAGCCAACAAGCUCUCUCGGGCAGGACUUCCCAAUAUUUUGGUGCCCAGGAAGGGACUCAUGAGCCUGAUGCAGAUCUGGAUUACGAGACUGAAAUUUCUGAUACAACCAGAAGUGUAGAUGCUUCAGAAAGCUCCAAACAGAUCAAGCGUAAGAGGACACCUUGCAUGUAUGGAACAGGCUGUUACAGGAAGAAUCCUAUUCACUUUCAGCAAUUCAGUCACCCUAACGAUGAUGAUUAUCAUGAAACAGAUACUUUAACUGAAGGUAAUGAUGAUAACCGUCCUGAAUGUCCGUAUGGAACUGCUUGUUAUAGGAAGAAUCCACAGCAUAAGCUGGAAUACAAGCACACUGCACCUCCAGGAACUGGAAGACGAACCCGACAGCGAACUUCAAAGAAUGGAAAAAGGGCUUUGGAGAAAGACAGUGACAAUGAUGGCGAACCAAAUGAAUAUGAUCUUAAUGACAGCUUCAUAGAUGAUGAGGAAGAGGAGUGUGAACCUACUGAUGAAGAUUCUGAUUGGGAACCAAGUUCAGAAGACAAGGAUAAUGAAGAUGUCGAAACACUUGUGAAAGAAGCAAAUAGAUUUGUUAAGACCAAAAAGUAGCUGCACUGAAUAAAAUUAAGUGUCUGAUCCAGUUAAGUUAAAAUUCAAAUGUACAAGGAGAGGAAUUGCUUUGAAAAUGACUUUUUUCUCAGUGAUGUAGACGCUAUAGGAAGAUUUUAACAGGGCUGAGGGGAUUCAGCAAUACCAUUCCUUUUGGGUGUAUUUUGAGAUUUUUGUUUUAUGAAGUGGUGGAGCCAAAUGAUUGAGCUCUGGGAUUAUAUUGUGUGUCAGCUGCAGUAGGACUUAUUAAAAAAUAGAAAUUUCUUAGUUAUUUCUUUUCCAACACCAUUAGACUGUCAGUUUGAAACACAAUUUUAAAGCUUUGUAAUGCUUUGUCUUCCUGUGUUUGAAACUAAUAGUGACAGUAGGAAGUCUUUAGUUUUGCUGAAACACAACAUAUACUGGAAUGAAGAGGAGCUAUACCUUCCGUAUUGCAGGCUGAUUCUUGGCCAUCACUGGGGAAAUCUCUCUAAGCCAUAUUAUGUGUCCUUUACAGUUAGUGUAACCUUAAAUUUCAUUAAUCUGCUACUAGCUUUCACUUUAGAUGUCUUUUCUUUGAUUGUCUUUAUGUACGGUAGUUAAAUACUGGUUAUCUAAAUAAUUUCAGAACAGUAUCUAAAUGUACUGAACAUCUGCUCAUGUCUCAGCACCAAUUAUGGUGUAUUUGCUCCAAUUACAGUACCAGUUUCAGUACAUGUACAUCACUGUAACUGUGGUCAGUUAACAACAAAGCUGAAAUCUUAAUGACUGUAUUUUUGCACAAUUAAACUUGUACUAUACUGUGGGAAA